CCGCAGCGCCGCCUCCGAGACGACCCGUGCGGCCGCUGCGCUGCUGAUCGACGGCCAGACCCGAGCUUGCAGAGUGGUACCCGAGCCCCUCUCUCUCUCUCCGCACCGCAACGUGCAGCAGAUGAGAUGCGAGGCGCAGGCGGCGCAUGGUUGAUCCGCAACCGUCCAGCAGCGCGGCGCCGGGCACCGCGGCUCCUCCUCCGUCCAGGGGCGCUCCUCUCGAGUCCUACAUAAGCCGAGGUGCUCGACAGCGCAGCCAUCCGCUGCUCCACCACUCCUCUCCUCCACCCCAGCCAUGUCUUCUGCCUCGGCCUCCUCCUCCCGCGCACCCUUCACCCUCGUCGUGCACGGCGGCGCCGGCGACACGCUGCCGGGUGCGCACGAGGAGGCCGUGCACCGCGCCGGCCUGCGCGCCGCCCUCGAGGCGGGCUACGCCGUGCUGGCCGAGGGCGGCAGCGCCCUCGACGCCGUCGCCGUCGCCGUGUCGAGCCUCGAGAAUGACCGCUCCUUCAACUCGGGCGCCGGCGCCGUCUUCACCACCGCGGGCGAGAUUGAGCUCGAGGCGAGCAUCAUGACCUCCUCGCCUCCCGCCUUCCACGGUCCGGACUCCAAGGAUGCGCUCAGCACCACCUCCACCGCCUCCUCCUACGGCCUCACUCCCGUGCCCGCCCCCAUCCCCGCCGCACGUCGCCUUGCCGCCCUCUCGCUCGUCAAGCACACCAAGAAUCCCGUGCAGGCCGCACGUGCACUCUACCUCAACCCCGCCGCGGCGCCCCACACGUUCUUCAUCGGCGAGGAGAAUGAGAAGCUGGCGUGGAGCUUGGGCGGCAGCAAGUGUGUGGAGCAGGAGUACUUCUACACGCGCAAGCGCUGGCUUGAGCACCGUCGCGAACUUGGACUGCCCGACUACGACGAGGUGCACCCUUCGGAGAUGUUCGACGGCCUCGACAUUACUCUCGAUGGACAACCUCCGGCCUUCAACGCCGGCGUGCAGCCGCCGCACUACACUUCUCGUCUGCCCUCUUCCGCCAACUCGACGCACUCGGACUCGCCGGCGAAGAACCAAGGACCGCUGCCAAAGGGCACCGUGGGCGCCGUGGCGCUGGACCAGUACGGCGUGAUUGCAUGCGCGACGAGCACGGGCGGCAAGAACAACAAGCUGCCGGGACGUCUGGGCGACUCUGCGGCGCCGGGCGCAGGCUCCUGGGCCGAGACGUGGACGGACUCGCGCGCCAGCAGCUCGAACGUCGCAGCGGCCAAGACGCAGAGCAAGAGCCUCCUGGCCCGCGUUGCUUCGCUCUGCGGCUCCUCCAACGACGUCGAUGCGUCCAGCUCCUCGACGUCGACGCAGCCCGCCAGGCGCGGCGUAGGCCUCUCCUGCACUGGCGACGGCGACGUCUUCCUCAAAGUCUCGGCCGGCGCCCUGGUGGCGCAUCGCGCGCGCUUCCUCGGCGAGUCCGUCGAGACGGCUGCGGGCGCCAUGAUCGCCGAGUUUGAGGCGCUCGGCGGCGAAGGCGGCGUGAUUGCGCUGGAUGAAAAGGGCACGCCUUCGUUCAUCACCAACUGCAAGACGAUGAACCGGGGAGUGAUGAGCUCGAAGGAUGCAACGCCGCGCGUGGCGAUCUGGGCACACGAGGAGGUUCAGUAGAUGCGGGUGCGGGUUGAGAGUCACAUGGAACGAGACGAG